AUGAAAACCGCCAACGUUCUAACCGCUUUUGCUGCAUCUACCGCCUUGUCCGCUAACCCAGCCAGUGCAUUCAUCACAAACGGUGCCGGAGCACCUCAAGUGGAUGACAAUCCAAAAGACGCCUGCUACGUAGCCGAGUUCCCACAAGCCGGGAGCGACAAAGUAGCAGGUUACGUUACAUUCACAGCAUAUGAAGGCAUGACCAAGGUCAGCGUCGACUUGGCCACUGUGGUAAAUCCAGAGGACGAAGGAUUCUCCUACCACGUUCACGAAAAGCCAAUUGAAUCGGGAGAUGAGUGUGCAUGUUACGGAAACGGUGACGAACUCGACCCAUACACUGGCAUUGCUAGUUGCUCAGAUGUCAAGGACAAAUCUCUAUGUAAGGUCGGUGACCUAAGUGGCAAAUACGGGAACAUAGAGUCCAAUGUGUUCAAAGCGAAAUAUUUGGACCCAUAUCUAGGGCUAUACAGCUCAUCCCCAAGUUUUAUUGGAGGUCGCUCCCUAACAAUACACAACGGCGACAAGAGGCUAGCGUGUGCGAACAUCGUGCCAUGUAGCGAGAUGAAGAGCUCAGAGCCAGUAUGCGCUCUACCACCUAGACCCGUGCCAGUAACUCCUUCGGAGCCAACCCCAUGUCCAGAGGACCAGCAGCCUACGAAGGUACCUGACGAGCCUGAGGAAACUCCAUGCCCAGAAGAGACCCCAGAGCCGGAGGCUCCAAAGGACAAGAAGGGUAAGAAGGGCAAGAAGGGCAAGAAGGGCAAGAAGGAAAAGCCUGAAGACAAGCCUGAAGACAAGCCAGAGGAGCAGCCUGAAGACAAGCCUGAAGACAAGCCUGAAGACAAGCCAGAGGAGCAGCCUGAGGAGCAGCCUGAAGACAAGCCUGAAGACAAGCCAGAGGAACCAGAGGACAAGCCAGAGGAACCAGAGGAGCAGCCAGAAGGACCUGGUGUUCCAGCUCCAAAGGAACCUGAGACUCCAGAAGGCGAAACCCCAGAAGGUCCAACCGGUCCAGGUGUCCCAGCUCCAGAGGCUCCAGAGGCUCCAGAAGCUCCAGAAGCUCCAGAGGCACCAGAAGCUCCAGAAGGCCCAACCGGUCCAGGUGUCCCAGCUCCAGAGGCUCCAGCUCCAGAGGCCCCAGAAGUUCCAGAAGGCCCAACCGGUCCAGGUGUCCCAGCUCCAGAGGCUCCAGCAGCUCCAGAGGCUCCAGAGGUUCCAGAGGCUCCAGAAGCUCCAGAGGCUCCAGAGGCUCCAGAGGCUCCAGAGGCUCCAGAGGCUCCAGAGGUUCCAGAGGCUCCAGAGGCUCCAGAGGCUCCAAGUGUCCCAUCACCCGCUCCAGAAGUUCCAAGUGGCCCAGGUGUUCCUGCACCAGCUCCUACCUCUGUUCCAGACGGAAGACCUGCCCCAGUCAUCCCAUCUCGUGAUGCAAUCGUGUCGGAGGCUCCAGCCACUACCACGUACGCUACUGAGACCACGGUAUCGAUUGAACCAACCUCUGCACCACAGGAGUCCUCGAAGCCAUCCACAACAUCCUCCACUUUCCGUAACGGCACUGUCACCGGCAGCGCUACUACCUCUGUGAAGAAGACCAUCGCUAUCAGUCAAUCAGUGAACGCCGGUGCCUAUGUCACUAAUGGCCUAACUGUUGGUGGUAUCCUAAUGUUCAUCUUGUCCUUGUUGGCAUAA